AAUCCCAAGCUCCUGUACCAUGUACCAGUCUGGGUUUGUGCCGCGGGAGCAUUACCCCACUGUGAUCCCACCUUCUGCCUAUGCCUACCCACUGCUGCGGCCAGGGAGAGCAGAGGACAUGGCCAGCUCCAUGGUGUUCCCUCCCAUCCCCAUGCACAACUUCUACAGCCGCCCUGUCACCUUUGUGGUGGACAGGAACAGCUACCCUGACUAUGUGGGAGGGCAGGUGGAUUACCAUCAUCCCUAUGGUGUCUCCAACCCCUACUUCCAUCCAUACUACACCUGGCACUUCCCUCCCAUGGUCCCCGUCCCUCUCUACAAUCCCUACGCAAGCUACAAUCCCUAUGCUGCCUACCAGAGAGCAGAUCCCCAUCGAGAGAUGUGGCCUGAAGGCUUCACAAUGAGAGGGGAGCUUCAAUGGGGGAAGCUUGGAAAGGUGUUUGGACCAAGGAAGAACCUCCCAGAAUUCGUGAAGGAUGAUCUCCGGAGGGUUUACGGCACCUACCCACGGACCAACGUCUCCAUAACCUACCGGAAAGGGGAGUUCUUGGUCAAGGGAGAUCCCAAGGCAGGAGAGCAGGAAUAUACAGUGGAAAAAAAAGUCAUCCAGCAGGCUGUGACCCCCAGUGCCAGUGAGGCAGAUGACAGCAGCGAGGACAGGAACCGUAAGAAGAAAAAGAAACUGAGACGUUGA